ACUUGAAGAAGUAUGAAGGAGUGGAGGUGGUGUUUGAGAUAGAGAGUGAGAGUCCAACAAGUAGAGAAUUGGUAACAACUCACCAUAACCAACAACGGCCUAUUAUACUCCCCUGCCUCCAGGAAUUGUAUCUAACUCAUAUAGACAACAUGAGUCAUGUGUGGAAGCGCAGCAACUGGAAUAAAUUCUUCACUCUUCCAAAACAACAAUCAGAAUCCCCAUUCCACAACCUCACAACCAUAGAUAUUAGCAAUUGUAAAAGCAUUAAGUACCUGUUUUCACCUCUCAUGGCAAAAAUUCUUUCCAACCUAAAGAAAGUCGAGAUAAAAGUAUGUGGUGGUAUUGAAGAAGUUUUUUCAAACAGAGACGAUGAAGAUGAAGAAAAUACUACAUUUACAUCUACAUCUAUCCACACAAGCACCAUCUUGUUCCCCCAUCUUGAUUCUCUCACUCUAAGAUACUUGAAGAAUCUGAAGUGUAUUGGUGGAGGUGGUGUCAAGGAUGGGAGCAAUGAAAUAUCCUUCAACAAUACCACUAUGAUUACCACUUUACCUGAUAUAUUUGAGCUUUUUCAUGUGUUGCAGGUGUCUGAAGCAGGUGGUGUUUCUUGGAGCUUAUGCCAAUACGCUAGAGAGAUAAUAAUAGAAUACUGCCAUGCAUUGUCAAGUGUGAUUUCAUGUUAUGCAGCAGGACAAAUGCAAAAGCUUCAAGUGCUGAGUGUAGAGUCUUGCGAUGGGAUGAAGGAGGUAUUUGAAACUCAAUUAGGGAUGAACAACGACAGCAACAAGAGUGGUUGUGAUGAAGGAAUUCCAAGAGUAAAUAACAAUGUUAUUAUGCUUCCCAAUCUAAAGAUAUUGAAAAUCUUAGGUUGUCCCCUUUUGGAACAUAUAUUGACAUUCUCUGCACUUGAAAGUCUGAGACAGCUCCAAAAGUUAAGGAUAGUGAGUUGCUACGGAAUGAAAGUGAUUGUGAAGAAGAAAGAAGAAGAUGCAUCAUCUUCUUCUAAGAUGGUUGUGGUCUUUCCUCGUCUCAAGUCCAUUGAACUAAAAGAUCUACCAGAGCUGGAGGGUUUCUUCUUGGGGAUGAAUGAGUUCCGGUUGCCUUCAUUGGACAAGGUUACCAUCAAGAAAUGCCCCCAAAUGAGAGUGUUUGCAGCUGGUGGGUCAACAUCUCCCAACCUAAAGUAUAUACACACAGAAUUAGGCAAACAUACUCUUGAUCAAGAAUCUGGCCUUAACUUCUUUCAUCAGACCCCAUUCCCGAGUUUACACGGUGUAACCUCCUGCCCUGCUACUUCAGAAGGGAUACCUUGGUCUUUUCAUAACUUGAUCGAAUUACAUGUGGAAUAUAAUGAUGAUGUUAAAAAGAUUAUUCCAUCCAGGGAGUUGCUCCAACUGCAAAAGCUGGAAAAGAUUAAUGUAAGCUGGUGUAAAAAGGUAGAGGAGGUAUUUGAAAUUGCAUUGGAAGCAGCAGGGAGAAAUGGAAAUAGUGGAUGUGGAAGUGGUUUUGAUGAACCGUCACAAACUACUACUACUACAACUACUACUCUUGUCAAUCUUCCAAACCUCACACAAGUGGAUUUGAAGUAUCUACGUGGUCUGAGGUAUAUAUGGAAGAGCAAUCAGUGGACAGCAUUUGAGUUUCCAAACCUAACAAGAGUUCAUAUCUAUAAAUGUGAAAGAUUAGUGCAUGUAUUUACUAGUUCCAUGGUUGGUAGUCUAUUGCAACUCCAAGAGCUAUACAUAGAUGACUGCAAAUGUAUGGAGGAGGUGAUUGUUAAGGAUGCAGAUGUUUCUGUAGAAGAAGACAAAGAGAAAGAAUCUGAUGAUAAGACAAAUAAGGAGAUACUUGUGUUACCUAGUCUAAAGUCCUUGAAAUUAGAGGAACUUCCAUGUCUUAAGGGGUUUAGCUUGGGGAAGGAGGAUUUUUCAUUCCCAUUAUUGGAUACUUUGAUAAUCAACUACUGCCCAGCAAUAACGACUUUCACCAAGGGAAAUUCUGCUACAACACAGCUAAAAGAAAUAGAAACAAGUUUUGGCUCGUUUUAUGCAGGGGAAGACAUCAACUCCUCUAUUAUAAAGAUCAAACAACAGGAUUUCAAACAAGACUCUGAUUAAUGUGGAGUAAAUAUUAAAGGACUAUAUGUCGGGAAGAAUAUUCAAGGAAAGAAUUGUUCAUCAUAUGAAGGACAUUAAAGAAGAACACGGAUGCUAUGAAGAUGUUAGGAAAACAUAUGAAUCAAAUAGCAAGCUAAUCACUGAUUUAAGUUUGUUGGUUGAGGAUGUUGAUUUUAAUAUUUCAAAUUUGUUGGUAUCACUA